GAAAAGCGUCGCCCGAACAGUCAUGUUUUCUGUGGGGUCCGCGUGCGUCUGCCGACACGUUACCUGUAGCAGUGUUUGUUCGCACGAGGAGCGCUUCAUCUUUUAUGAACGAGUCCUUGGAAGAAAAGCAGAAUAAAAGAGUAAACUGAAGAAAAAGUAAAAACUUCUAAAGUUUCAGAAGUAUUGCUGCUUUCUGACUGAUGCCGUGAAAGAAAGGUUUCAAAAGGGCAAGAAACAGGAGAGAAGAGAGAGGUUUGGAGUAAUGUUUUAAUUCACGGCAUCAGUAUGAGUCUUACUGUACAUCCCUGCUGUGUGUGUUGCCAAAUGAUGGUCUCCACAGGACAGGAUUUUCUCUUGUUGUCUGGGAAUCCUUUAUUAAUUCCUCACUGAUCAACAACAUUUCCUCUAAAAAAGACAGACAUGAACAGAAGCAUUGUUUUAAACGAAACAUGUCACAACACCACCUGCAUCGUGGGUCGAGAUGGCAAACCAGUGACGAGCAUCAUCAUGUUUCUGGCUGGGGUUGGGGGAAACCUCCUGGCUCUCUUCAUCCUUGGAGUGCACCAAAAGGAACACCGCUCCAGGUCCUCGGCUUUCUGCAUUCUGGUGACCGGCCUUGCCCUCACGGACCUGCUGGGCACCUGCAUCCUCAGCCCGCCUGUGUUCAUCUGCUAUGCCCACAACAUGUCCCUUAUAGAUCUGGGUGGUGAAAGACUGUGCAAGCUCUUUGGGUUUGCCACCAUUUUCUUCGGCUUGGCACCAACUCUUACCCUGUGCGCCAUGGCGGUGGAACGCUGCCUGGCUAUCAGCCACCCAUACUUUUACUCUGUGCACAUCCGCAGCAGCUUUGCCAAAUUUACUCUUGUCUUUAUUUACAUCUUUUCCCUGGCUUUCUGCCUUUUACCGUUCAUUGGUUAUGGUAAAUUCAGACAGUACUGCCCUGGGACAUGGUGCUUCAUUGAUAUGGACGCAACAGAGGUUGACCACUCCAACCUGGUGCUGGCCUUCUCUCUGUCUUACUCCUCCCUCAUGGCAAUGCUGAUCUUUGCUGUGUUUAUGUGCAAUGGCUCAGUGAUUGUCAGUCUGUGCCAAAUGCAUCGGAGUCAGAUGGUCCGCCGUGGUUCGGUGGUGUCAACGGGGAGAAAGAGGAGGCUGAGCCUGGCCUGGUUUGGACAUGGGGAAGAAGAGAUGGACCACCUGGUGCUGCUGGCUCUCAUCACUGUCAUAUUUGCAGUCUGCUCCCUGCCGCUGACCAUUGCAGGCUUUAUCAACGCUAUUCAUCCAUUCUGUGGUGACAAGGAGAACUUGACAGCUUUUCGUUUCUACGCUGUCAACCCCAUAGUGGAUCCAUGGGUUUUUAUCAUCUGCCGCAAGUCUGUGUUUCAACACUUGUUCUCGCUGCUGAGCUGCCACUUCAGCAAAGGAGCUGUAAAGACAACAGCACACUGCGCUCUGUCUUUACCUCUUGAUAAUACCAUACAGCACAACGCCUAGACGUGACGCUUUAAGGACCAACAUGAGUUAUGGUUUAUUUACACUCUGGGCUCCUGUAAAACAUGUAGCAACAUGUACUCUUGCCACAAUUUGUAGAUAGAAACUGUUGCAUUGUUCACGUGACUCUUAAGACCAAAAUAAUCAACUUUAUUGUAUCUCCACAAAUGAGGACAUUUUCAUUUUACUUCUGAAGAACAUAUAUGUCUGUGGGAGAGUUCAUGGCUGCAUGAAAUAAUAGUUGAUAUUUUAGAAUGGGCCAACAUGGUGAACCAAAAUGGCAACAUUGCUUCUUUUUAAAGCCAAACUAAUGUAACUUAAGUGUGCUCUCUAGUAACAUUUUAACACCCAAUGUUUGAUCUAUACCUUAGACUGCUGGUUACAAAGUUAGUUUGACAUUUUAAAGUCACAUUUUACAGUAGCUGUGCUCAUGUAAUAGUAUUAACUUGUAAAAAUGAACAAAGUAAAUGAAAAAGUCCAUUUGUUUUAAUAUGGGCUCAAGCUAAAGGGUUAAUGUGAAUUGCUAUUAAAAUGUUUAAAGGGAAUUGUGGGUUCCUUUCUACAUAAAGAUGACUUUUUUUUUGUUGUGAUUUAUUGCCACAGAAAUAAAACAAAAAUGAGCUGAAAGAAGUCAGAUCAGUUAGUCUAAGGUGGGACUACUUUAUACAUUCUCUGAUAUUCGAAUUAAAAGGCCACCAUGUUGUCAGAUAAAGUUGAUUCCUGCAACAGUACAACCCUUGGUUUUACUGAUUGGCAUGAUAAAAUUCAUUUCAAAUCUACCCACAAUGAUUGUGAAUGUUUUAAGAGCUUUUUGCUUUUAAACUUAUGUGCUGCUGCAAAAUGCACUGUGAGAAUUGGUCUUUUUGUAGACUUUGUUGUGUCCUAAACUUUUGUAUUCAUGUCUGUGCUACACACUGUGCUAUAAAGAUUUGAAUUUGCUGGUUUGUUUUUGGUUUAUGCACCAGAAUGUAAUAAUAUCAGGCAUGCUCCUUUUUUUGUUUGUUUGUUUUAAUGGUGGGUUGCAUUACUUGUUUACUAUUUGCUUAUGCAUGACCCAGGCAAAAACACAUUCCCACCUGCACAUGUUCUGCUCAAAGGGUACAUUGUGAAUCACUGUAUUUGACCUAGAAAUCUAUUAAAAUGAAUAAAAGAAAACUGUUUUGGUUAAAAAAA